AUGUCUGAGCUGCCCUGCCCAGAGCCCCCCGCCCGCUGCAGAGGCCGCUUCACCAUCAGCACCCUGCUGGGCGUGGAGGAGGCCGGUUGGCCUCCCUGCGAGGCCGCGGGCUGCGAGGGCACCCACCUCUCGGGCAGCACCCUCUGCACCAGGACCUUCGGCUACAACACGGUGGACGUGGUGCCCGCCUACGAGCACUAUGCCAACAGCAAGGGCGUGGGCGAGGCCAGGAGGGGGAGGCCCUCGCUGGCCGACCUCCGCUCCAUCCUCAAGGUAAGGCCGAUCCCGAUGUCUCCCGGCUGUGCUCUCCACCGGGGCUCUGCCCAGGUGCCGGGCGGUGCUCGUGCUGGGUUGGCUCUGCACGAUGGCCUCCCCAGUGCCGACGAGGGGCCGGGUAGGGCCCCCGCACCGGAGCCCAUCCGCUUCGGAUGGGUGAAGGGCGUGAUGAUCCGCUGCAUGCUGAACAUCUGGGGAGUGAUCCUCUACCUGCGCCUUCCCUGGAUCACGGCCCAGGCAGGAAUCGCCCUGACGUGGCUCAUCAUCCUGAUGUCGGUGACAGUGACCACCAUCACCAGCCUGUCCAUCUCCGCCAUAUCCACCAACGGCAAAGUGAAGUCAGGGGGCACCUACUUCCUCAUCUCGAGAAGCCUCGGGCCAGAGCUGGGCGGCUCCAUCGGGCUCAUUUUUGCCUUCGCCAACGCGGUGGCCGUGGCCAUGCACACGGUGGGCUUUGCUGAAACCGUCCGGGACCUGCUGCAGGAGCACGACUCCCUCAUGGUGGACCCCACCAACGACAUCCGCAUCAUCGGGGUGGUGACCGUCACCGUGCUGCUGGGCAUCUCGCUGGCCGGCAUGGAGUGGGAGGCAAAGGCCCAGGUCCUGUUCUUCUUGGUCAUCCUGGUCUCCUUCGCCAACUACCUGGUGGGGACAGUGAUCCCGGCCACCACGGAGAAGCAAGCCAAGGGCUUCUUCGGCUACAGAGCUGACAUCUUUGCCCAGAACUUGGUGCCCAGCUGGCGUGGACCUGAGGGCUCCUUCUUCAGCUUGUUUUCCAUUUUCUUUCCAUCGGCAACCGGCAUCUUGGCUGGGGCCAACAUUUCGGGUGAUCUGAAGGAUCCUGCCGUGGCCAUCCCCAAGGGCACCUUGAUGGCCAUCUUCUGGACCACGAUGUCCUACCUGGUGCUGUCUGCUACGAUAGGUGCCUGCGUGGUCCGGGACGCCUCGGGCAGCCUGAACGACAGCGUGCCGGUGGGCUCGCCAGGCUGCGAGGGGCUGGCCUGCGGCUUCGGCUGGAACUUCACUGACUGUGCCCAGCGGCAGAGCUGCCCCUACGGGCUCAGCAACCGCUACCAGAGCAUGAGCAUGGUGUCGGGAUUCGGUCCCCUCAUCACGGCGGGGAUCUUUGGCGCCACCCUGUCCUCAGCGUUGGCCUGCCUCAUCUCAGCCCCCAAGGUCUUCCAGUGCCUCUGCGAGGACCAGCUCUACCCUCUCAUAGGCUUCUUUGGAAAGGGCUAUGGGAAGAACAACGAGCCCAUCCGUGGCUACGUGCUCACCUAUGUAAUCGCCGUCGGCUUCAUCCUCAUCGCCGAGCUCAAUGCCAUCGCCCCCAUCAUCUCCAACUUCUUCCUCUGCUCCUACGCCCUCAUCAACUUCAGCUGCUUCCAUGCCUCUGUCACCAACUCCCCAGGCUGGCGACCCUCCUUUCGGUAUUACAGCAAGUGGACCGCGCUCUUCGGCGCCGCCAUCUCGGUGGUCAUCAUGUUCCUGCUGACCUGGUGGGCGGCCCUCAUCGCCCUCGGCAUCGUCGUCUUCCUCCUGGGCUAUGUCCUCUACAAGAAGCCGGACGUGAACUGGGGCUCCUCCAUGCAAGCCAGCUCCUACAACAUGGCCCUGAGCUACUCGGUGGGGCUCAGCGAGGUGGAUGAGCACAUCAAGAACUACAGGCCCCAGUGCCUGGUCCUGACCGGGCCCCCCAACUUUCGCCCAGCACUGGUGGAUUUUGUGGGCACCUUCACCAAGAACCUCAGCCUGAUGAUCUGUGGCAACGUGCUGAUUGGCCCACGCAAGCAGAAGAUGCCCGAGUCCAGGCUGACGUCGGACGGCCACACCAGGUGGCUCCUCAAGAGGCAGAUCAAGGCUUUCUACACCAACGUGCUGGCUGAGGACCUGCGAAGCGGCGUCCAGAUGCUCAUGCAGGCUGCCGGCCUAGGGAAGAUGAGACCCAACAUCCUGGCGCUGGGCUACAAGAGGGACUGGCAGGUGGCCGCGCCGCAGAGCGUGGAGGAUUACGUGGGCAUCCUGCACGAUGCCUUCGAUUUCAAGUACGGCGUGUGCCUGCUGAGGAUGAAGGAGGGGUUGAACGUUUCCCGAGUGGUGCAAGCUCACACGGAUCCCGGGGAGUUGGCGGCCGAGCAGCAGGCGAGCACCAUCUUCCAGAGCCAGCAGGGCAAGAAAACCAUCGACAUUUACUGGCUCUUUGACGACGGAGGGCUGACGCUGCUCAUCCCCUACCUCCUCGGGCGCAAGAAGCGGUGGGGAAAAUGCAAGAUCCGGGUGUUUGUCGGCGGGCAGAUCAACAGGAUGGACGAGGAGAGGAAGGCGAUCGUGUCGCUGCUGAGCAAAUUCCGCCUGGGCUUCCAUGAGGUCCACGUGCUCCCCGACAUCAACCAGAAGCCCCGGCCGGAGCACAUCAAGAGGUUUGACGACCUGGUCGUGCCCUUCAGGCUGAACGACGGCUUCAAGGACGAGGCCACGGUGAGCGAGAUGAGGCACGGCUGUCCCUGGAAGAUAUCCGACGAGGAGCUCCACAAGCACAGAGCCAAGUCGCUCCGACAAGUGAGGCUGAACGAGAUCUUGCUGGAACACUCGCAGGACGCGGCGCUCAUCGCCAUCACGCUGCCCGUGGGCAGGAAGGGUGGCUGUCCCAGCUCCCUCUACAUGGCCUGGCUCGAGAGCCUCUCGCGGGACCUGAGGCCCCCCGUCGUCCUGACCAGGGGAAACCAGGAAAACGUCCUGACCUUCUACUGCCAGUGA